CCAAGUACAUCCAUUGGCCACCCACCCACCCCACACACGACCUCCACCCCCACUACACUCCACUCCGCGAGUAGCUAGCUAGCAAGAGAGUCCCAGCUGCCACUGCUCCUCUCCUAGAGGCACUCAGGCGAGCUACUCUGCCUGCGGCGGCCUGCCGGCGCGCGGGGAGGGGGAGUUGGCCGGCCAGUGGGGGCGCGUGAGGACAAUGCAUGGCAUGUGUUAACAUGUACAACCCGGAGCACCACCAGUCGUCCUUCAUGGCGCCGCGGAUGUCCUUCUCCAGCGACUUCGCGCUGGAGCCGCCGCCCGCGUCGGCGCCGUCGGCGCGCGGGCCCGGGGACGCCGACUUCGAGUUCUCCGUCGGCAGCCGCCCCAUGAUGGCCGCCGACGAGCUCUUCUCCAAGGGCCGCCUCCUGCCGCUCCGGGAGGCCCCGCACGGCCAGAGCGGCCGGCCCACGACGCUGCGCGAGGAGCUGCGCACCGACGACCGCCACGGGCGCGCGCCCCGCGCGCCCAACAUCCGGUGGAAGGAGCUGCUCGGCUUCAAGAAGGCGAACAAGAAGGCCGCGGCCGCAGCCGCCGACGCCGGCGCCAGCACGUCGUCGGCCGAGGCCCACACGGAUCUUGGAGGUCACGGAGGCACGAGAGAGUGAAGCAGCGAGCGCUCAUUCACCAAACGAGACGGGGGCAUGGUUAGGCAACUAGUUUGUGUGAUUGGGUGGUGAUUUGCCUUUCAGCUUCACGUCCAUCACCUACCCGCGGUGAAGAUGGAUCUGCCAGGAACCCAACAUCCAUCAGCGCUUCAUUGGAGAAGCAGCAAGCAAAUUGAAGCUGUAGCUAGCUCUGGAGGCCAUGCAUGCAUGAAUGUGCAUUUCAUUUUACUGCCUGCUGCUUGUUACCCUUUUUUGUUAUUAUUAUUAUUAUUUCGGUGUAGUAAAAGGGAAUUUUUGCUCCUGCUUUAGCUCUUGGUCUGGUCGUCGACGGGUGGUUCCAUUGCAUCGCAUGUAGAUGUAGUAGUAGUGGUCAAGGUAACUCCUCUCUAGUCUCUAGUCUCUAGUCUCUAGUCUAGGUGUGGCUCUGAAUGUUUUGUAUCGGAGGAAGGUGCCAGUUAAAUGCAGUAGCAGUAUUUAUUUUUUCUCACA